AUGCUCUAUCCGAGAAGUUCAGAAAGCAGAAAGAUGCAGUAUUUGGAUGGAAUGUGGGAUUUUAGAGCAGACGACUCGCCAAGCAGAGAUGCAGGUUUCAAAGAGAGCUGGCAAAAUCAACCACUUUUCAAAACAGGUCCAGUGAUUCCAAUGGCAGUACCAUCUAGCUACAAUGACAUAACAGCUGAUAAAAAUAUACGAGAUUUUGUAGGAUGGGCUUGGUAUGAUACCGAAUUCUUUAUUUCUAAAGAUUGGGCAAAUCGUCGAAUUGUUCUUAGAUUUGACAGUGCACAUUACUACUCUAUUGUGUAUGUAAAUGGUCAACAAGCUAUGACUCAUGUUGGUGGACAUCUGCCCUUCGAAACAGAAAUUAAUAACUUUAUCAAUGUGAAUCAACCUAAUCUCUUGACAUUAGCGCUGAACAACACACUGAGUCCCACAACAUUGCCACCGGGUACAAUCAGUUAUAAGAACGACACCAGUAAAUAUCCUGAAGGAUACUUUGUUCAAAACCUUCAAAUGGAUUUCUUCAACUAUGCUGGUAUUCAUAGACAUGUACGCAUCUACUCUACGCCCAAAACAUAUAUUGAUGACAUAACUGUUACCCCUGAUAUCAAUUUUAAUCGUAAUUUGGGAAUUUUGAAUUAUGAAAUCUUAACUGUUGGUGGAACUCCUGGGAAGCUGCUUGUGGAGUUGCUGGAUAGAGAAGGUUCAGUUGUUGUAUCUGAAACGGGAAAUAAAGGAUUUUUGUCUGUGAGUAGUCCUCAUUUGUGGUGGCCCUAUACUAUGAACCUUCAAGAUCCUGGAUAUCUGUAUACAAUGAAAGUGACUCUUCAAGGAAAUGAUUCAGAUGUGUAUAGACUUCCAGUGGGUAUCCGAACUGUUAAUGUCACUACGGAUCAAUUCCUUAUCAACCAUAAACCAUUCUAUUGCCACGGUGUCGACAAGCAUGAGGAUGCCGAUAUUAGAGGGAAAGGUUUGGAUUAUGCUUUGAUUGCACGAGAUUUUAGUAUGUUGAAAUGGUUAGGAGUGAAUUGUUUUAGAACAUCACACUACCCUUAUGCUGAAGAAAUACUUGAUCAAGCUGAUCAACAAGGUAUAGUUAUUAUAGACGAGAGUCCAGGUGUAGGUAUCAAGAGCAAUAACCUUGGAAAUGAAUCACUAAACCAUCAUUUGGAAGUUAUGUUAGAAAUGUACCAAAGAGAUAAGAAUCGUCCUGGCGUUUGCAUGUGGUCUGUAGCCAACGAACCAGAAAGUGAUAUUGAUGAAGCUGUACCCUAUUUUAAAAGUGUAAUUGAUUAUACUAGAAAGUUAGAUCCAACUCGACCAGUAAGCUUUACUUGUAGUCAUGAUUACAAUAGUGAUAAGGUGGUACCAUUUGUAGAUGUGAUCAUGAUUAACAGAUAUUAUGGGUGGUACAGUGAUACCGGUCAUCCAGAAGUCAUUCAACUACAUGUUAAUUCCGAUUUCAAAGAAUGGAGAAAACUGUAUAACAAACCGCUGCUAGUGUCAGAGUUCGGUGCGGGAACUGUUUCCGGGCUACAUGCUGAGCCCAGUUCGGCAUAUACCGAGGAUUACCAAGUUGAUGUUCUUUCCCAGUAUCAUCAGGCAUUCGAUGAAAGCAUAGGCAAAUUUUUAGUAGGAGAGCUGAUAUGGAACUUCGCAGAUUUCAUGACUGCCCAAGGAUCGAAUAGGGUAAAUGGCAAUAAAAAGGGUAUUUUAACUCGACAAAGACAACCGAAACCAGCUGCUCAUUUGGUCAGAGCUCGGUAUCAUUCUAUGUUUAAUGCUACAUUUAUGUCUGAGAAAAGUUAUUGUCCAUUGAAAUUUGGUUGUCAUUAA